AUUAGAAGCUCCUUUACUGCAAUUAAGUUUUAUGAAACGAACCAGUCUUAUCCUUAAGUUAUACUGGCGAAUCAUUUUUGCUGUUUGUUGGGCUCUGUUUUGGUUACCUUUCAUCGUAAUAUAUGAUUAUCCGGAAGUCAGAUGCGCGUACAUCGUGUUACUGGUGGGGUACUGGGUGACGGAGUGCCUGCCGAUAGCGAUAACGUCGCUAAUCCCGGUAGUGCUGUUUCCGCUGUUCGGCAUCCUCAGCACCCAGGAAACGUGCACCUGCUAUAUGAAUGACACCAUCAUGGUGUUCAUCGGUGGCCUGGUGCUCGCCAUCGCCACCGAGCACUGUAACCUACAUCUGCGACUCGCCCUGAUCGUGAUGAAGACCCUCGGUUGCAGCCACACGAAACUGCUCGGCGGCCUCUGCACCGUAACCACCUUCGUGUCCAUGUGGAUUGCAAACGCGGCUGCCACCGCCAUGAUGGUGCCCAUCGUCUUUGCCGUUCUUCGCGAAUUGGAGAGGCAAGGGCUCGGAAAAGUGUUCGAUAUAAAGGAGGAUCCGCAAGAUCCGGAAGCUGAACCGGAUGUAAAACCGACGAAAGUGACGAAAGCUUAUUUGUUUGCGGCGGCGUACGCUUCGUCUUUCGGAGGUACUGGAGCUCUCGUCGGUACUCCGACAAAUCUCGCCUUCAAGGGUAUCUACGAGUACAACUUUCCCGACGCCGACCCCAUUACCUUCGGCGCCUGGAUGGCUGCCUCGCUCCCGCAAAUGGCUGCGAAUUCGUUUCUACUGUGGCUGUAUUUGCGAAUCGCUUUUCUGGGAUAUUUGAGGCCGCGCAGCAAGGACGCCGAAAUGGCAAGAAUCGGCGCAGAAGGCGAGGCGAUAGCGAAUCAGGUAAUAAAUCAAAAUCUUAAGAACUUAGGCCCUAUGACCUUUCACGAGAUCUCCGUUGCAACAGUCUUCAUGGGAUGUAUAUUCUUAUGGGUGUUCAGAGCUCCAGGAUUCGUUCGUGGAUGGUCUGAACUUCUGACGGAUAUGCAUUUGGGAGACUCAAUGCCCGCGAUCUUGGUGUGCGUGCUAAUGUUCUUUAUCCCAAAGGAUCCUAUCUUCGUGCGCUUUUGGAGCAAAGACCCUUCCAGACGGCCGAGAAGAUCGUCCGAGGGUUUGAUCACGUGGGAGGUCAUUCAUACAAAGAUGCCAUGGAGACUAGUGUUUCUGUUGGGCAGCGGCUUUGCCAUCUCGAAGGGUAGCAGCGUCUCCGGACUCGCCAUGAAAGUAGGAUUGGCUCUAGUACCUCUGAAGGAAUUACCUCCCAUGCUGAUGUUAGUCGUCGUCCUUUUGUUCGUCGGUACUAUGACAGAGUUCACUUCGAACGUCGGCACGGCCAACAUACUUCUACCCGUCGUCGCUCACAUGUGCGUAGCGAUGAGAAUACAUCCGUUGUACCUGAUGAUGCCGGUGACCCUAAUGUGUUCAUACGCGUUCAGAAUGCCGGCAGCCACGCCACCAAAUGCGAUCAUCACUGUGGCGGGUCACGUGCAAACUCGAAUGUUAAUAGCAGCCGGAUGCGUCCCCGCAAUAUACUGUCUGAUAGUGCAAGUUAUCUUGUUUCCCACUUGGGGAGCAUUCGUUUACGGGAUCGAAGAAUUCCCGGAUUGGGCGAAGCGGUACGAUAUCAACCAAAAGCCAUAAGCCAGCUUUCGCCACUCGUUUCCCUAAUGAUUUUCGCUUAUGACGAUAAUCUAACUGUAAAGGAUAUAUAUAU